AUGAUUUGGAUGAAGACCUACCGGUUCUACAAACAAGCGAGAUCGUUUAACAUCAGUCUCCGCUCGUUACCUGUCUCAUCCGUGACGGCACAGCCUACUUCUUGUAAAUCUCAUCCCUUGAUCAUCUUCACCAUUACCCUGCUUAUACUCGCCGACAGUAUUAUCCUGGCCCUGAAUAUUUCCCAAAUUCUGGCCAUUGCGUUUAGCUCCACAGACAUCUCUAUAGUCACAAGUACAAUGUCACAAAUCCUGAUUUGCCGAUUCAUGAUGAAUCUGCGGCAAAUAAAUUUCGGAGGAUCUGCUACUUCUGAAGUCGAGAUAUCUCAGCAGCCAGCUUCGUUGCGCACGCUGGCAUUCAACCACGACUCAACACCGAGUUUCAUGGGAAACAUGGGCGAACCUUUGGACUACGACCAGGAUGACAGGGACGACGAUGUUCCUGUCAGCGACGAGCAGCCUAUUCCGCACUCUGGAGAAGGGUCAGACGUCUGAUCGGGCAUCCUGCGGUUUUAUGGCGGGAUUAUCAAGAAUCUCACUGCAUGAGACGUUGUUGAUGUGAAUUCGCGUCCUUGGGCUUUUU